AUGAAACUGCCAGUGGACACCAACCCCUCAAUGAAAGGUGAAAUCUUGGACACCAUCAGGCUACUGAUAACUGAGGAAGCAGCAGGUGAGAUGGAAUUCCCUUCAACCCGAAGAACGCUAUUAUUGCGUGAGUGUGAAACGAAUGGAAGGUGCCUACUUAUUGGAAGAAAAGCUGUGUUGUCAUGCUAUCAAAUAACUUUGACUAACGGCUCUACGAGAACUGGCAUG